UUGACAUUAGCAAAAAAACUAAAACAAUUGACUAUCAGCUGCUUAAAGGUUUUGGAGAGAAGGCAAUUUUGAUAAUUGAACCGAGGAAAAUUUAAAAUGGCUCAAGUUUUGAAACAGCUAGCUCAAGAGGAGGCAAUAGCUAGGGAGCCAUGGCCAGAUGAUUCAUUACUCUAUCAACCUUUUGAUGCAGAACAAAUUCUUUUAGCUGAGCAAGCCAGUUGUUUAGCCGUAAAAGCUUAUUUAAAAAUGUGCAAAUUACCAUUUAAUGUGCGGUCUAGCGCAAAUGCGGAAUUUAUGUCUCCAGGUGGUAGAAUGACGAAAUUACCAUUUAUCAAAGCAGGAGAAUUUGUGAUAGCCGAAUUCGAACCUAUUGUGAGUUUCAUUGAAACUAAGGGAACAAAGCUUACAAAUCAUUUAGAUGAAGAUGAAAAAGAUGAUUUGAGAGCAUACUUAUCUUUAGUUGAAAACAUUUUUACAAACGCAGAAUUAUAUUUAACUUUUAUGGAUGAUGAAAAUUAUCAUCAAGUAACUAGCAUGCGAUACGGUAGUGUUUAUCCUUGGCCAUUAAAAGCAUAUCAGAACGGAAUAAAACGGAGAACUGUUAUCAAACAGUUAAAUGUGUAUCAAUGGAAGGACAUGACAUUAAAAGAAGUUGUAGAUAAAGUUGAAAAGUGUUGUGAAGCACUUACCGAACGGUUAGGCGAUAGAAAAUACUUUAAUGGCGAUUUACCUACCGAACUUGACGCAAUUACUUUUGGUCAUAUAUUUACAAUAUUGACAACAAAAUUACCAAACAAUAUUCUUGCGGAAACUGUUAACCGAUUUGAUAAGUUGGUUAACUUUUGCGCCAAUAUUGAUAAAGAGUUCUUCAGAAUUUCUUCGUAAACUAUUGUUAUAAAGCAAUUACAGCAGUCUCAUUGUUUUAUUUAGUUGUACCUAUUUAAUAAAAAUACAUAAUGCAUUUAUGUAAAAAUA